GGGCACUUCACUUCCUCGGGCGACUCGGGUCCUCGGGUGUAAGUGGCCGACCCGCGGCCCAGGAGGCCGAGGGAGGUCGGGGGAAUCUGCGCGUUAGUAUCAGCCGUUUGUGCUCAGUCCCUCUUCUCGUCUUGCGUUAAGUCGCCAUGAAGGACUCGCUGGUGCUGCUGGGCCGUGUUCCAGCACACCCAGACUCGCGCUGCUGGUUCUUGGCCUGGAACCCCGCAGGAACUCUGCUGGCCUCGUGCGGGGGCGACCGCAGAGUCCGCAUCUGGGGCACUGAGGGUGACAACUGGAUCUGCAAAUCUGUCCUUUCUGAAGGCCACCAGCGCACUGUGCGGAAGGUGGCUUGGUCUCCCUGUGGCAAUUACUUGGCCUCUGCCAGCUUUGAUGCUACCACUUGCAUUUGGAAGAAGAGUCAGGAUGACUUUGAGUGUGUGACUACUCUGGAAGGCCAUGAAAAUGAAGUCAAGUCAGUGGCCUGGGCCCCAUCUGGCAACCUCCUUGCUACCUGCAGUCGAGAUAAGAGUGUGUGGGUCUGGGAAGUUGAUGAAGAAGAUGAGUACGAAUGUGUCAGUGUCCUCAACUCCCACACACAGGAUGUCAAGCAUGUGGUCUGGCACCCAAGCCAGGAGCUGUUAGCUUCUGCAAGCUAUGAUGACACAGUGAAGCUCUAUCGGGAGGAAGAGGAUGACUGGGUAUGCUGUGCCACCCUUGAAGGCCACGAAUCCACUGUAUGGAGCUUGGCCUUUGACCCCAGUGGCCAGCGUCUAGCGUCUUGCAGUGAUGACCGUACCGUGCGCAUCUGGCACCAGUAUCUGCCAGGCAAUGAGCAAGGGGUGGCAUGCAGCUCUGAUCCCAGCUGGAAAUGUAUCUGCACUUUGUCAGGCUUCCACUCCAGGACCAUUUACGACAUCGCUUGGUGUUCGCUGACAGGGGCCCUGGCUACAGCUUGUGGGGACGAUGCCAUCCGAGUGUUUGAGGAGGACCCUGGCUCAGAUCCACAGCAGCCCACCUUCUCUCUGACAGCCCACUUGCCUCAGGCCCAUUCCCAGGAUGUCAACUGUGUGGCCUGGAACCCCAAGCAGCAGGGACUCCUGGCCUCUUGCAGUGAUGAUGGGGAGGUGGCCUUCUGGAAGUACCAGCAGCCUGAAGUCCUCUGAACCACCUCUACUUAGGAUAGAAUUGUGGUUCCCUGGAAAAUGUCGUAAGACUUUCCUAGCCCGAGGACCUAAAGGAGCAGUGUGGCCUUCGUUUAACUUGGUUCUCUCCCAGUCAGUCAGACCUGAGUAGAUGUGCAGGGCCACAGAACCACAAGCUGUUUCCCUCCUUCAACAUGGGGCCCUUUGUGAACAACUACAGAACAGCAGUACCUUGUAGUUAUGCCACAGAUUUUGUUUCCCUUUAGCUCACAGUGUCAAAGUUAUGGGGGCCGGGUGAGCAUACUACUUAUAAUCACCAUGUCUGUAUAUAGGAGGGUUGUAUCUCAGACCUUUCUGAAAUUGUAAGUCUUAUAGAAAUAAUCCCUGAGUCCCAAAUCAUGUUUAUAUUACUAGGAUAUUCACAAUGUAAAACAUUUCCAUGAUGACUCCUUUUCUGAAAUAGGUCCUACCUUCCUGAUUUCUGACUCCUUGCAUUUAAGACAUUUGAUAAAUAUUGAAGGAUAUCUUUUUUGGUGUAGACUAGUUUAAAGACACCUCUGCUUUCCCUUAGAAACCCUCAUGUAUCUUCUGUGCCUGCAGGGAAUGCCAAAAAAAUAAAUGGGGAAGGAUGUGAACCCUAAAA